CUGGUUGAAGCUGGGAGUGGGGGAAAGAAAGAAAGGAAAAAGCGGAGAAGAAAGAGUAAAUGGCGGCUUCAGUGAUGGCAUCAGUGAGCCUGAAACCAGCUCCAUUCACGGCGGCGAGGUCGUCGGGAGCGAGAGGGCUUCCUUCUCUUGCCAGGACCUCCUCUUCCUUCAGAGUCCAGGCCAGCGGCGGCAAGAAGAUCAAGACCGACAAGCCUUAUGGAACCGGUGGAGGAAUGGACCUGAGAGAUGGGUUGGAUGCUUCUGGGAGGAAGCCUAAGGGAAAGGGUGUUUACCAAUUCGUUGACAAGUACGGUGCCAAUGUCGAUGGAUACAGUCCGAUCUACUCACCCGAGGAGUGGUCUCCAUCUGGUGAUGUCUAUGUUGGUGGGACUACUGGAUUGGCCAUAUGGGCUGUGACCCUGCUUGGGAUUCUUGCGGGAGGAGCACUUCUCGUGUACAACACCAGUGCUUUGGCUCAGUAGACCGAGACAUCCAACUUAAAUUGUACUGUCGGUAGUGAAACUUCAAGUGCCCAUAUGCCCUCAAUUGUAUUUGCCAUGAACACAGCAAGCUAUUUUAACAGAGCACUGUUGCGCUUCAGCUGCAGCAAUUAUACUGUUGUACUUGUAUGUACCCACUGAAUUUGAUGCCUCGGCUGCUGUGCAAUGUUAUCGUGGUUUUGUGUA